AUGAUCGUCUCAUCGUUCCCGCUCUCCCUGCUCGCCCUCCUCCUCCCCUCCACCCUCGCCGCAGACAGCAAACCCCCACCCAAGCCCUGCACGAUCCACUCGCCCUCCACAGGCUCCUACUACGACCUCCGUCCCCUCGACCUCUCACUGGCACAGCAAUCCACCCCCUCCAAAUCCAAAGACUUGCGCACCGACUCCUGGCACGCCAAAGGCUACGACUACCCAGCAAACUUCAGCCUCAACAUCUGCGGCCCAGUGAUCGAAAGCCUUGCCGACGUCGACGGAAUCCCCGCCUCGCGAUGGAAGAACGUGAGCGCAUUCUACCGCCUCGCAUCCACAACCCACAGCAUCGGCCAGAUGAACUCGGAACUCGUCUUCCGCGGCCGAUCGCUCGUCCUCAACUACACCGGCGGAUCGCCAUGCCCCGAGCUAGACGACGACGGAAACCCAGCCAGAGCUGAAGAUUCGAAUCUACGGGCACGGAAGAUCAUCGACGACGACGACGACGGCAGGUCAAAACACCCCAAAUCCAGCAGCGGCAGCAGCAGCAGCAGCAACCGGCGCAAAUCCAGCCUGAUAUCGCUCCACUGCGACCGCUCGCCCGCGCUCUCGACCCACCCGUCCCUCUCCUUCCUCGGCACGACCGACCACUGCGUCUACGCGUUCGAGGCGCGCUCGCGCUAUUUCUGCGGCGGAGCGACCUCCUCGUCCGACGAGCCCGGCUCCAUGGGCCCCGGCGGUAUCUUCGGCGUCAUCAUCGUGAUUGCGCUCCUGGCGUACCUGGUGGGCGGGUGUGCGUAUCAGCGCAUCGUGAUGAGGCAGAGGGGGUGGAAGCAGUGUCCGAAUUAUGGGGUUUGGAGCGGGAUCGUGGAGUUUGUGAAGGUGAGUUGUUGGUCCUAUUGUUUGGGAGGGGGGAGAGGGACGGGCGGAGGGGCGGUGAGAUUGCCUGAUCUUUGGGACGAUUGA